AUGGUGAAGCACAACAAUGUGAUUCCUAAUCAGCACUUCAAGAAGAAGUGGCAGUUCCGCGUGCGGACCUGGUUCAACCAGCCGGCCCGCAAGCUCAGGCGGAGGCAGGCUCGCGCCGAGAAGGCCGCAAAGGCCUUCCCGCGGCCGGCUGCUGGCGCGCUGCGCCCAGUGGUGCACGGGCAGACCAUCAAGUACAACGCCAAGGUCCGCCUCGGCCGCGGCUUCACCCUUGCGGAGCUCAAGCUGCUGUGGAUGUCGCUGCAGCUGAGCUGUGAAGGCGCAGCCCAGCCUUUUGCAGUGGCAAGCAGUGGCCUUGCUCUGCAGUGGCACCACCCUCAGCAGCAGCAGCAGCGUAAGCAGCGGCAACAGCAGCAGCAGCAGCGGCGGCAGCAGUGGCGGCGGCAGAGGCGGCAGCAGCGGCAGCGGCAGCAGCAGGGGGAGCAGCAGCAGCAGCAGCAGCAGGGGCAGCAGCAGCAGCAGCAGCAGCGGCAGCAGGGCAGCAAGCUGCAGGGCAUCCAGGCAGCGAGCAGCGGCUCAGCUCACGCAACGCGCUGCGGCAGCGGCUGGAGCCCGGCGGCGGCCCCAGCAACGCACCAUCCGCGCAGCAGCGGCGCUCUCGAUCACCCUGCGAUCGGCAACGCUCACGACGACUCCUGCAGCCGGCCUGCUCCUGCCUUGCAUGAACUCUGCUACACCCACGAGGCGGGCAUCCCCGCCAAGCUCGCGCCCACCAUCGGCAUCUCCGUGGACCACCGCCGCCGCAACAGCAGCCUGGAGGGCCUGCAGGCCAACGUUGCGCGGCUCAAGGCCUACCGCAGCAACCUGGUCAUCUUCCCGCGCAACGCCAACAAGCCCAAGAAGUUCGAGGCUAGCAAGGAGGAGGCUGCCGCGGCGGCCGCGCAGGUGAAGGGCCCGGUGAUCCCGGUGGUCAAGGAGGCGCCGGCGCUGGAGAAGGUCAAGAUCACGCAGGAGCUGAAGGACUUCAAGGCGUACACCAAGCUCCGCAUCGAGCGCAUGAACGCGCGCCUGGUGGGCGUCCGCGCCAAGCGCGCCAAGGAAGCGGAGGCCGCGGAGAAGGAGAACGCCUAG